AGUUCCGCUAUUGCCUCGGUGCACCACACGGACAAACGAUUGUCAAUGGACUAUAUGAGACGGAUCUCUGUCGCUCUCAGAAACGGCUCCCUGUGCUUCAGAUUGAACACUUGUCAUCUGCAGCCACAUUCUUCUUAACCGGACGGAAAGAGAGAAAGGACUAAUUUCCAAAACAAAAAUGCCGUGAGUCUUGAAGUUUCCUGGAUGUCUUGUUUCUGGAGAUUCUACAUCGCAUGACUAAAUUGCAGUCGUACUCGUUUGUGACUGAAGUGUUGUAGGAAAAGUGAGCUGACAUGUAGCCGCCGAUGAAAGUGAAGUUGUGCGUGCUAUGAUUUUGAAUGAUCCCAGGGGUUGGUAUGAAUAUAACUGAUCUGUGAGCUGAGGUCGAGUCGUUAAGAAAGAGUGGAUUUCUUCCAGCUGUGAGUCCAUGAGCCUCCUGUGUUUGUAAAUCAUUCUAGUUUUAAUUAGAAGCUGCCGUAGUGACACCCCAGAGAAAGACAUCACUAAUAACACAGAGGAACAUUUGGACUUUUAAUACCUCUGCUGGAAAAUGCUCUGACCUUAUCUCACUCUGUAGAUAAUUGCUUUUUAUAUCAUUUCAUAUCAGUUUAACCAGAUAAUUGUACAAACGGUUCUUAUCUACUGUCACAGCCACAUUGUCUCUCUCUCUGCCAGGUGGCUGUAGUCUUUUUUUUUUUUUGCACAUGGGAUCAUAGCUGAGUCCAUAGGUCUUGUUUCCCUACACAUACUUGGUCCAUUAGAAGCUCAGUGGAUCUAGGGCUGGGCGAUAUGGACUCAAAAUUGUAUCUUGAUAUUUCUUAGCUGAAUUGCAAUACAUGAUAUGCAUAUAUCGCGAUAUAUUUCUGUAAAGACAUAACAAAAACAGUCCGUUGAAGUCAAAUCCUCAUGGACCAGACACUUCUAUCAGCAGCCAGCUGCACAAGGUCAACAUGCACCUGAGGAAUGACAUAAAAUGACCUAUUUGAAUGCUCCUUAAAAUAGCAGAAAAUAAGAUUUGAUUAGUUCCUAUUUAGCCCUAACAUUUUCAUUAGAUUGCCUUUUACAUAAGGCCUUAAAAGAAACCUAUUGACAAGCCCGUUAUUUAUAGUCUUACCCUAUAUAUGUCAUUUGAAAAUAUUCCAGUAUACCUUAAAACUUGUCAUAUUCCCCAGCCUUAAGUGGAUCUGAAUUUUGGUAAAGUUGUUGUUCGGGCAUGGGAGAAGCCACCCCUGCUCAGGCUGCUGCAGGGCCGUUCGUACCAAUGUUGGGUGUCGGUUUAGGACCAAUGCCAGGCGGAGUGGGCACAGGGCCAGUGGUGUCCAAUUCCAGAGGCUCUGCAGUGCCCCAGCUGCACAACGCCAUCGUGGAGCGUUUACGCGCCCGCAUCGAGCUGUGCAGGAGGCACCACUCCACCUGUGAGAACCGAUACCAGAGAGGGCAGGCUGAGAACUCGGACCGGGAGCACGAGAGCACGCUCCACCUCCUCAACAUAGUCCAGCAAGGCCCUGGGAACAGAAAGGCAAAGGGCAGCAGGGGAUCGAACCAUCAACCUCCAGAGUACAGCAGAGCCAACGGAGAGCAGAAGGGAACAGAGGGCGAGCAGAAGAUCUCCACGCGUACAGCGCUUCAAGGAUCUUUACGGAGGAAGCUCGAGGGCCACGCACCAGGACAAGCUCAAAAGCAGAAUGGGCUCUCCUGUGGUUUCUCGGGGUCGGACUUUAAGCGUGUCCGUGUGGAUCCUGGCAGUCUCGGGCAUGGGCCCUGCCACCAUUACUUGACCCAGUCUCAUUCUCUGCAAGGGUCUUCAACCAUGGGUAUGCAGAGGAAGAAUUACAUGAUGCCCCAUGGCGUGGGGUCUGACAUAUUUAACAUGACCCUGAAAGAAAUGAAAAAGGAGCCCAUUGAGGUCCCGUCUUGUGGUCAGUCACACACAGAGAUGAUUUUUGACUUCAAAGAUGAAGGAGGGGGUCAGAUCGACCCUGAGCUUCAGGAUCUUUUUGAUGAGCUGACAAAGACAGUGCCCACUCUAAAUGAUCUGGAGUUUGAGAAGAUCCUGAAGCAGGAUGAUACAUUCGGUUUGGAUCUGGGUCGACCGAGCUCAGCGGGAGCAGCUGGCAGUCUUUGCUCUCCGAUGGAAAAGCCGAUAAAACUGGAGCACUCUCCAGAUUUCGGCCAGGUUCAUUGUGGUUCUCCACAGCUUCGACCAGCUUCUGCAGGACCCUCUUUCACUCUAACCAGCACCUCUUCUACAACCACAACACAGAAAGCUAACACUCAAGCGGGACACCCCAGAGCAUUGCCCUGCUGGCCAGAAAUAUCCCACGCAGAGCAGCUGAAGCAGAUGGCAGCGAACCAGCAGCAGCCAAGCUCCCUGCUCCACCACCACCACCAAACACCACCUGCAGGACUGACCAGCUGGGCUCCUGCUAUGACCACCCACUCCUCCACCAGCGCUUUCCCCCAGGACAAAGCCUCCAGCCCGGCUCCACUCAGCCAGCAGAGGAUCGGCCCUCAGGGUAAAGGCAUCAACUGCCUCUUCAAGUCAAAUGGGCACAAUGUUUCUCAUCAUUUGGACAUGAAGGUUCUCAGCACCAAACCCACGUUACACUUCAGUCCCAAAGCACCACAUUCUUCCAGCCAGCCCAUGCCUGUCAUGGCAAACUCAGUGAACAAGACUUCAGCCCAGCAGCAGACGCAGCAGUCACCAUCGGCCAGCCACAAUCAGCCACAUUCAACUCUCCACUUCCAAAACCAACAGAUCUCCACAUCAGGGUCACUUUGUCUGCAACCCAAGAGUACUCCCAGUGGGAUACCUCUGAAGCUGGCACAGCAGAGACAGGCUGUUCCUCCCGGUCCAAGAAUGCCCACCAAUGGAAACUUGGGCGUCAUGUCAGCUCUGUCACAACAACGGCCCCCAGCACCCAACAACCAGCAGAAAGGCCCAACAAAAACUCCAGCCAUGCAGCGACAGCUGAACCAGCAGCAGCUCGCCAUUAACAGCUCAGACAAAGACAGUGCACAUGAUCAGUUCAGUCGUCACCUCACGAGACCGCCGCCGGAUUACAAACAGUCCAGAAGUAUGGUGGGAGUUCAGCAGGGAAGUGUGUUCACAGGUCAAAGUUCCUCCCAGUCCUCCAGCAGUGUCCCUGAGAGUGAACUUCAGUCCAUGUCCUGUCAUCUCCAGAGUGGGUCUGCUUCAAAGAUGAGCCCUUCUCCAUCCGAUCGCAGAUUUGGCAUCGGGACCGACUGUCACACCAGCUCUUGUAUAGGUCAGUUCCAGCAGCAUAACAAUCAGAAUCGAAUCGGACUAAACCAGAAUAAAACCAGGUUUCUGGGGCCAAAUGUGCGUGGAAAUUCUUUUGUGAUGAACAAUGUAGCAGGUGUUCAACACCCCAGAAUGCCGUCUGACCUGCACCCCUCUGGAGCACCAGGUCCGGCUCUUGGGGGCUUGAUGAAAAAUGUCAACAUGGGCUGGAGCUCAGCAAACAAGCAAGUGACAAGUGGACUCAGUGUGAGGCGGCUCCCGGCUCCCCUUCAGUCUCAGGGUGCACAGCUAGACAUGCAGAACCAUCCGUACCAACAGAGGCACAUCGGCCCGCCCAACCAGGUCGCUCCAGACAUCGGGAUGCUCCCCCUUAACCCUUCUAUGAGAGACACAGGCCCAAGACCGAGCCAGCCUCUGAUGGGAUCUCCUUCAGCAGUGGGGAACCUGAACCAGGCAUCUCCUGAGCAGAGAGUACCAGCAGGAACCUUUGCAGAGCCCAGUCCUGGAUCCAGCAGCUUCCAGAAUAACCGAGCCAACCGCCUCACCUUUGACUUCCUCCCUGAAGGAGACAACACGGUUCCAGGGAUCAACACGGACUCAGACUUUAUCGACUCUCUCCUCAAGUCAGGUUCUGGGAACGAUGAUUGGAUGAAAGAUAUAAAUUUGGAUGAGAUUUUAGGGAGUCACUCAUGAAUUAGUGUCACAGAUGGCUAAAAAUGUCCAGCACAUCACAUCAUAGAGAUUAUGGAUGUUAAAAUGUAAAGGGUAACAUUUUUUAAAUAAUGUGUAAAAAAAAGAAUUUUAUAACUCCUAUAAUUUGUUAUCCUAGUAUACUGUAUUGUUUUGUAUUGUAUUUACUGUGAAAGUGUUUUGUCCCUAGUAAUUUCCGUAUUUUAUUCUUGGUGUAUCAGCCGAGAAGCUCCUUUUCUUUGCCGUCACUGUUAUCGUGGUUUAUUUGUCAUACUCAUGCUGUAAUUCUGUCAUUUAUGAUAAGAUACCCAGUUCACACUGUGAAAAGAAAACAUUGCUGUGUUGCUUUCAAGUCAAGCUUUGAAUUACAAGUUAAGUUUCCAAAUCUACAUCCACUAUUUAGCAUGAUGCGAUAUCAUUUACCUUCAGAAGUUUUGCUACCAUUCACGUGGAAAAUCUCACCACAAUGUUUUCUUACUUCCUGUUAAAGCUCCUCAUCUGUGGUAGUUUUUGAUGCAAUUUAAAUAAUGUAACCAGUAGAUUUUUU